AUGCUGGCGGGGCGGCCUGCUGCGCUCGAGGGGCUCUCCGUGCCCCCACUGCACCGCCCCCCGGAGGAGGGGUGCUGGGUGUCUGGGUGUCUACUCCUGCCUGUCUCUGCAGCAGAGCUUAGCAGAGUUCUCGGUCGGAGAAGCGCACCAGGCAGCGGCAAUAACUGCGGGCCCGGCGUACGGCAGCCAUCUUCGCGGGGCAGGGGGCCAGAUCGGGGCGCGCUGGGGUGGCGGCGGCGGCCGGGGACUUGGGGAGUGGAGGGACGCCCGUUGCCAGCCGAAGCAGGGUAUUAUGCGAACACCGGAGCUUCAGCCCUACUGGAGACCCCGGACGCCGCUGCGGUGCUGCCCCCUCAGCUGCGCAAACCUGCGCCGACGCGCCGAGCAUGCGCAGUGUCGGUGCUGCCCGUGUGCGCUGCCCGGCCACGCAGCCCCGCGGGCUGCCUCGUGGUAGGCUAGGGGUCGCGGACCUACUGUAUGCGCGCGCCUGACGC